GGAAAGCUUCGUCAAACAACACAAUCUUCACGGAGGAAGAACACAAGCUGCACCGCUCUUUACAAUUCGUAGAUGCGUUCCGGUGAAGACCCGAAAAGCAUCGCUGCAAGGAGCCCUGAACAUCACGGAAUCUCCCCAAUCUUCAGUCGGCUCGUGUUCUGUCAACGACUUAAAGGUAAGCUCUCAAAUUAAAUGGAAUUUUCACUUUACCUUGUUCAAAUUUCGAAUUUGAUUGGAUUCCUGAAAUUCGUUAAAUUUGACUCUGGAUAUUAUACUUGUGAAUUUCGUUCUUAGGGUUUUUUCAUUGUUUAUCAAUGAAUGCCUUAGUUUGUACUUAUUUUCCUGGGAAAUCAACUUUGGUAAAGGACAUAAUUUUUUAAAAGCAGAUUUUUAUCUGCCCUAAGGUAGUACAGUUAGAUAAAAAAUGCACCGCCCUUCCUUCUCAACAAUUAUCAUAUAUUGGUAAAGGCAGAUUUUUAUCUUUGGUUUUUUUUUAUUUAGAACUCUAUAAAUGAGUAAAGGACAUAAUUUUUUACUUCAAGAGUUCUUGAUUCCAUGAACAUAUUACUACCUUUUUUUACAUCAACAGUUUAUUUUACAAUAAGCCAUCAGGACUUGAUUCCAUUAUACCUGAUGGCAUAUUACUACUUUUGUAAACUUUUGUAAGAAUAAAUUGCUUUCAUGGUUAAUGGUUAACAGAACUUUUAAAUCAAAAAUCAAAUGGCAUAUUACUACUUUUGUGAACCGUUAAAUGUGAACUGUUAAACCAAUAUUACUACCAAUAGAAAACUUGGGGGGUUCAUAAAGUAAGAAGUCAAACUCUUUAUUGUAGAAAGAAAGGUAGUAAUCUGCCAUAAGGUAGUAUCAGGGGCGGAUCCAGAAAUGAGGGGUGGGGUGGGCUAAGCAGUAAAAAAAAUACCGCACACGAAAGGUUUAGCUUAGGAUUGUCAUCGAACUACUCUAUCCGGUCCUUAAUUAACUUUACAUUUUCCUUUUUGGGUCGUCCCAUAUUAAACUUUACACUUCAUUAUUUGCCUUGUUUGGCAAAUAAAUCUACACCAAAUAGUGCAAAACAGUGUCAAACAGUGUACUCUACAGUAAAGUCAAAUUUAUUUCCUAAAUAUGUGUGCAGUCAAAGUGUAAAGUUUAAUAAGGACCGGAGGGAGUAAGAUUUUUUCGAACUACUCGAUUUCAAAUGUGAUUUCAAAUUUAAUUUAACGACCCGAGUUUAACGAGCUUUGAACUCAAAUACAUGCUAGAUUUUGAGUUUGAAUAGUUAUUCAAGCCGAGUUCGAGCUUAGUGACGUUCAGUUCGAUCCAGGCUCUAGCCUAUCGAUAACUUAUACCCCCUCUGGUACUAAAUAAACUUCACACUUUCCAUUUUGGGUAGGUCCAAAAUAAACUUCACACUUCUUCUCCCUUCCUUAUUUGGCAAAUUAUCUACAUCAAAACAGUGCAAAACAAUGUCAAACGGUGUCAAACAGUGUCACAACAGUGGACUCUACAGUAAAGUCAAAUUUAUUUCCUUAAUUUGUGUGAAAUCAAAGUGUGAAGUUUAUUUAGGACUGGAGGGAGUAAGUUAUACGAAAAAAUUAUAUAUUACGGAGUACUAAAAUUUAAACAUUUUAGUAAGAUUUUAUAAAUUUAUUAAUGAUUAUUAAAGAUUUUAGUAUUUCAAAAUUCAAUUAAAUUUUUUAAUUCUUUCUUAGCAUGCCCACACAAUAAAUAAGUCAUUCUCUAAUCUUCAUUUGUGUAAUAAAUAAUCAUUACCUAAUCUUUAAUUCUAUCUUUAAUCAUUAUAAAUUUACAAUGAAUAAACACUAUUUUAGUAUAUACUGAAAAAUUCAAUUAAUAAUCAAAUAGAUUUACAAAACUAAAAAUAAUAAUACAGAAUAAAACGAAGUCACAAAUCAUACAAUGUUUAACAAAUAAAACACAACAACACAAUUGCUCCCGACCCUCUGUGUUAAACAUAUAUUCAAAUAGAUUAACAAUGUUUCACAAAAUAAUACAAUGCUUAAUAUAUAAUACAAUGGUUAACCAAGAAAAAAAAUCUGUAAAAAAAUCUGCAAAAUAAUACAAUUCUUUCCUUUCUUGGCAAUGUGUUCAUUAUCCAUUCUAAAAAACAUUUCCAAUAUUGGUAUAAAUUAAAAUACUUAUAUAAAAAAUAUAACUAAUAAGGAAAAAAUAAACAUUGUACACUUGUACAUAAACAUUUUCAAUUGUAUAAUAACUAAAUCAUUUUCCACUCUUUAAUUCUAUCUUUAAUCAUUCUAAAUUUAUAAUGAAUUAAAUACUAUUUAAUUAUGUACUGAAAAAUUCAAUUAAUAAUCAUAAUGAUUCCCUAACCCUAAAACCUAAAAUGCUAAAAAUAAUAAUAGAUUAAUACACAAAUACACAAUAAAUUAUAACUUCUAGUCGGCAAUUGGAGUUUACAAAUAAAAUUUGGAGAAUAACACAUUCACAAUCUAACAACAACAAAAAAUCAAAAAACUAAAACAGAAACUGAUGAAUUUGAAGAAUUGGAGAUUUGUGAAGACGAACACCGGUGGGCGGACACCGGACGACGUAGGCGGGCUGACGAGAAGUAGGUUCCUUGACUUCCUUCGCAGUUUGCAGCCGCUCCUUCGCAGUUCGUAGCCUCGCAGGUCUUCAAUCGUACAAUGACAGCUCUAAUUUGCGUAAGUAAUAAGACUGGGAUUUGGGCCGAGAAGGGCAGGUAAGGUUGGAAUGUGGGUUGGGAGUUAACUUCGGGCUGGGCUGAGAAUUAAUUUUGAGGUGGGCUCAGAAUAUAAUACAUACCUAUACUAACUAAAAAAACUUGGGCUGGGCUGAAGCCCAUCCCUGCCCUCAAGUACAUCCGCCCCUGGGUAGUAUAGUUGGAACAUCAAAGAGUUGUGGAACUCAUGUAGCAGCCUCAGCACCCGCUUCCAAACAAAAGACGUUUUGUAAGUACAACUUUCAGCUCAGGUCUCGUCCAAGUUUCACCCACAAAGGAUGAAGAACACCACUAAAAUCACUAAGGGGAAAGAGGGGCGUCAGCCAGCAGGCUAUUUCCGGCCAAAUCAAUCGAGCACCCACAGUGAGGCGAAAAUGAGAGAAGCAAGGGUUUCGGCGGACUCACAGUGGUAUCAAAGACAGGAGUCAUCUGCCGUCGUUCGCCGCCAUGUCGUCGUGUCGUCGCCGCCGCCUGCCAUCGCCAGAGGUCCUGCAGUAGCCAGCUUCGUCGUCCAGCGUUCUUCCAGCGCCCAGAAGCCUCGGUCCAGUGUUCUGCCAGAGCACAAGCUGCUGUCCAGUCCGCUGCCGCCAGUCAAGUCCGUUGUCGCCGUGUCUACAGCAGCCCACGCUGCCUACGGUAAGUCGGGUAACCCAACCUCGGGCCCCGCUCAGGUAAAUUGGCAAUAAACAUCCUAGCUUGGUGUACCGGAGUGCCACCGGAUUUAUUUUUUUCCCCGCUCCCUGCUGCUGACCUGCGUGGUCUUGGAUGCCGGCUGUGCCCGACCCCAGGUAUGUUUACUAAUCCUUUGUGUGAUUAUUUAUUCGUAGUUCAUUCAUUUUAAUUUCAAGUUGAAUUGUGAUUUUUUGUUUGUUGAAUCGUGAAUUAAUUUUCCGGUGAAGAAUAUUUUGUUUGGAUACUCGUUAUCCAAAGUUGUGAAUAUUUCUUCCUGAUUAAAUUUAAUCAUGUGUUGGAUUCUUUGAUUUUGAUUUUUUCGGUUGAUUGAUUCGUGGAUAAACUUUCCGGUUAAGAAUAUUUGUUUGGAUACUUGUUGUCCGAAGUUGUGAAUAUUUCUGCCCGGAAUAGUUUGUUAAUCCUGUAUCUUUGCUUGGUGAUUUAAUUCUAGCCUAUAUGUGCUUGUACGAAAGAGCAAGGAGAUUGUACCCGAGCUUUGUGUUCACUGGUCUUCUCGGCUUGUUCAUGCUAGUUGCUUCGUACAUUUUAUAGCCUUAUAGGUUAUAAUUAAUCACUUAUCUGUCUGUUGAGUAAAUAGUAAUUUAUCUGUGCUUGUACGAAAGAACAAGGAGAUUGUACCCGAGCUUUGUGUUCAUUGGUCUUCUCGGCUUGUUCGUGCUAGUUGCUUCGUACUGUGCGUAGCCUGAUAAAUUUUAUUUACUCUCUUGCGUGUUGUGCUUGCUUUCCUGUUAAAAUGGCUGUCAAUCAAUAUGGCAUGCUUCCAUUUAACGGAAAGACAGAUUUUGAUAUCUGAAAACAGAAAAUGAAAUGCAUGUUGAUCCAACAGAAAGUCUAUAGAGCUGUGACCGGACUCUAUUUAGCCUCUGAGGAUGUUGCUAAGCGUGUUGAAAUGAAUGAAACUGCUUGUUCCUCUAUUUACCUAAACCUUUCUGAUUCAGUGCUCAGGAAGGUGGGUAUUAUAGAUUCUGCAAAAGAGUUGUGGGACAAGUUAGAUAAGUUAUAUACCGAUACUUCUUUGCCUGGUAAAUUGUUUUUGCUUGAGAAGUUCUUUAGGUUUAGGUUUGACCUGACUAAAGACAUAGAUGAGAACCUAGAUGUGUUUAACAAGCUUAUUCGGAACAUUAAGCAAGUCGGUGAUAAACACAUAGAUGACUACACACCCAUAGUGUUACUUAAUGUCAUCCCUGACUCUUACAAUGACGUCAAAUCUGCCAUAAAGUAUGGUUGGGACGAUAUCUCGUUAGAUAUAGUCGUUAAUGGAUUAAGAAGUAAGGAGUUAGACCUUAGACACUCGAGGGAUAGUAACAGUCAAUCUAGGGACUCUGGUGAAGCGUUGCUUGUGAGGGGUAGGUCCAAGAGUAGAUCUAAAAACCAUAAGAAGGGUAGCAACACUAAGAACCAAGAUUCUACACGUUUCGCGGUAGACAUUCAACGGUGACUCAAAAUGUCAUGGCAGCUUAUAGUCAUGACAUGUUGUUUACGUAUGUAUAUGCAGGUUGGAAGGGAACAUGCAAUGACUCGCGAGUAUUUUUAGAUGCAAUUUCAAGAAGCGAAAAUGGGUUGCCCAUGCCUCCUAUCGGUUAUUACUAUGUUGUUGAUGCCAGCUAUCCAAAUGUUCCCGGUUUUUUAGCUCCAUAUCGUGGAGAGAGUUAUCACUUAAAUGAUUUUCGAUGUCGAGGACGAAUACGCAACAAGCAAGCUUUAUUUAACUACCGACAUUCGUCCUUGCGUAAUGUGAUCGAGAGGUGUUUCGGAGUACUAAAGGAAAGAUUUCUCAUUCUAGACAUAUCACGUGAUUACCCAUUGAGAAGACAGGUUCAAAUUCCCAUAGCUUGUUGCGCAUUGCAUAACUUUAUUCGCGUGCAAGAUAGGAACAACCAUUUGUUCUUGGAGUACGAGGAAGAGGACAUGAUAUUUAGCACAGAAGCGAGUACAAAUGAAAAUGGUUCACUCCAAUUUGAUAUGUCUCGACAACAACAAAUGCACGAAAUUCGAGAGUAUUGCAAAUGCAAUUAUAAUGUAUGACAUGUCGAAGUACGAUUGUUGUUCUGAUUAACAUAAUGUCACUUAUUGAACAUUCGGGUUUGGGAAACAUU